AUGGAGAACGUAGGGAAGAAAAAUAAAAAGCCUCUUGUUAAGAAAUUGAAGAAAACAGUUCAAGUUCAACCAAAUGAAGUUUUGAUAGAUGAUGAGCUUGAUGAUGAUGAGGAAGCUAGUGACAAGAAUUAUGAGCCCGAACAACAUGAUAUGCGUAUGGUUAUUUCCGGGGGUCAAUUGAAGAAGAACAAAGCAAUUAUUAAGAAGAUGGAUGCUCCAGUUAGCAACGAGAAUGAAUCUGUUGCUGCAAGGAUCAUGAAAGUACGUUGCAGACCUCAUUCGUUGGAGUUACUCAUAAAGGACCUUACUCCAAAGCAGAUUGAUGCUGUAAAAGAGGUUGGAUUUGGUGGGAUUUUAGGUUUGAAGUUAACUGAGACAUGUAAGAUAAUGAUGCCAUGGUUAGUUGAAAGGUUUAAUGGUGCUAGUUUAAUGUUUAACAUUGGUGUUAAUAAAGAGUUUGUUGUUACUCGAUAUGAUGUGUAUGAUGUGUUUUGCUUGCCAAUGAAUGUGGGAAAUGAUGUGCCUGAGAUAGCUAUUGUUCGUGUGGGUGAAAACAUUGAUUCUCAAUUGAAAGAUGUAUGGAAGCAACAAUUUAAUGUUCAUGGUUAUGAUGGUAUUCCUCUUAAAAAGAUAGAGGCUAGGAUUCGAGAGUUAAUAGAUGGAGGUGAUGAAUUUAAAAAACUCUUUGUGAUGCAUGCCCUUUGUAGCUUUCUUACUCCCACCGCCAAUAGGACGGUUGAUUUGAAAUUAGCAAAAGCCUUGCAUGUCGUGAGUGAAAUUAGAAAUUAUGAUUGGUGCUCAUAUGUUUUGGGUCAACUUGGUAAACAUGUAUCUCAUUUUAAGGAUCAUGAGAAGCAAGAAAGUUUGUGUGGUUGCAUGUUGUUGUUAGAGAUUAUAUAUUUUCAUAGGUUAAAAUUCCAAGGGAAGAAGGAGAAUCCAACUACCUCUAAUACAACAUUGGACGGAUGA